AAAUACAUCUAUUGGUCAAAAGUAUUAAGCAGGGCAUCUACUUUCGGAGUCAACCGUUACGUGAGGCAUCCGUCCGCUAGACGCACGCGAGCAUUUCGAGUUUGGUCACCGCCCCCACUCCAGCAGCUACAAGUCCCGUACUACAUACAUAACCAUCAUGGCCCCCAAGAAGACCCAGCAGGAAGACGUCGGCAUCUCGGAGAACGAGGUGCGCGCGCUGCUCAUCGGCAAGGACGGAAACCUCACGCGUGACUUCGAGGCCGUGCUCACGAGACUCUUCAUCUCGUUCCUCGAGAAGCCCACGGACAAGAGUCUGACGCUUGACAAGCUCAAGGAGUUCAGCAAGAUCUGCAAUGACGGCAAGCCCUUCUCGGACGAGGAGAUCAAGGAGAUCCAGACCUACUUCCAGUGCGAUGAGAACAAGGGCCUGACACUCAAGGGCUUCAAGGACAUGUACCACACCCAGUCUAGCGCCGAGCCCAUGGAGACCUGGCGGGACAUGAAGAAGCUCGGAUACGACAAGGAGCUACUCGAGAAGCGCGAGGCGGCUCUGCGCUGCCGCGUGUGCAAGGCUCCGUCCACGCUCGUGUGCUCGCGCUGCAAGGUGGUGCGAUACUGCGGUGCUGAGUGCCAGAAGCAGGACUGGAAGGCCUCCCACAAGCAGAAAUGCAAGCCAUCCACGGUCUAAAAUCUCAAGCUGAUAAAGGCGACAUACGGUCCCCCCUCCCUACUGGAAACUGACGUCAUGCAGAAAAGAAACAGAGGACAAGAAGACAGAAAGGAGGAGGACAAAAAGAAAAGAAGGUGGCGGCAGCAGUACGCAGCGCAGAACUCGAAAGAGAGAGAGACUCGCGCGACUGCUGGGCGCUUCGUUAGGAUAGAUGCCAUUCGCAGGUUUGUGUAUGAUCGAGAAACAAGAAACAAAGUCAUCAAGCGAAAUACUACAUGUGUGAAGCUAUAAACGCUCGAGUUAUGCAUUGCGUGCCAUGAUUCGUGCUGUUAUGCAUUGCGUGCCAUGAUUCGUGCUGUGGAUACCUACGCAUGGGGGACAAAACGUGGCAGUGUCGAUUGUGACGUUGCGUUGAAGUUCAAAUUGAAUUUUGUGUUUAUACACC